AUGGAGGAAACUUCGGCUGCUGCCUCUCAGCAAUCGGCACGAACUAUCGGCAACAAUCAGUAUGUUGCUGAAAAGAGUGACUCUGAGCAGGAGCAGCUUGAGCAAGUCGAUCUGGAGAACAACAUUUCGGUUAGAAUCAAGAACCCACUCACUGGCCUGAGCCAGGAAGAAGUGAUUCGCGAUGUGGAAGCAUUCGCCCAGGAAUAUCAGGUCACAGAUAUCCUUCCCGAGCUGAAGAAGGGUGCCCUCGUCGCCCGGGACCCAACUAGCUUCGAAUCCGUCCCCGGGAUCACUGAGGAUGAGUGCCUCACCUUGAAGAAUGAAGCCCUCUUCAAGUGGCGUCAGCCCAAGGCUCUUUACUUCACCAUCAUUCUUUGCUCCAUCGGUGCGGCGGUCCAGGGCUGGGACCAGACUGGUUCCAACGGUGCCAAUCUUUCUUUCCCUGAGGCUUUUGGUAUUCCUGAGAGUAAGAGUCAGAAGAACCAGUGGCUGGUUGGCCUUAUCAAUGCUGCGCCGUACAUUGCUAGUGCUCUAUUUGGAUGCUGGAUGUCCGAUCCUUGCAAUCGGCUUCUUGGGCGACGUGCAACAAUCUUCAUCUCUGCUAUCUUCUGCGUUCUGUCUCCCAUUGGAUCUGGAUUUACCCAGAAUUGGCGUCAGCUAUUCGUCACUCGUCUUCUGCUCGGAAUUGGAAUGGGUCUCAAGGCAUCUACCGUUCCUAUCUUUUGCGCUGAGAAUUCGCCUGCAGUUAUCCGCGGUGCUCUUGUUAUGUGUUGGCAGAUGUGGACAGCUUUUGGAAUCUUCCUUGGUUUCUGUGCCAACUUAGCGGUUAAGGACACUGGCCCUAUCGCCUGGCGCCUUCAGCUUGGCUCUGCCUUUAUUCCUGCUGUUCCCCUCGUUUUUGGUGUCUUCUUCUGUCCGGAGUCUCCUCGUUGGCAUAUUCGACGUGGGGAAAUGGACAAGGCUUAUCGAUCACUUUGUCGACUUCGCAAUACUCCACUUCAGGCCGCCCGUGACCUUUACUACAUGUAUGCUCAAAUUAAGAUUGAGCAGAUGAUUAUUGGAGAUAGCAACUAUAUUACUCGAUUUGUGGAGUUGUUCACCAUUCCUCGAGUUCGUCGUGCCACUCUUGCGUCCUUCACGGUCAUGAUUGCUCAGCAGAUGUGUGGAAUCAACAUCAUUGCAUUCUACAGUUCGACAGUUUUCAGCCAAGCUGGCGCUUCCAAAACUGGAGCAUUGUUAGCUUCUUGGGGAUUUGGUUUGAUGAACUUUAUUUUCGCUAUCCCAGCUCUUUGGACUAUUGAUAGCUGGGGCCGCAGAGCAUUGCUUCUGUUCACAUUCCCAAAUAUGGCUUGGACGCUACUCGCCGCAGGCUUCUGCUUCUACAUUCCUGGAACUGGCCCGGCUCAUCAGGGUCUUAUCGCCCUCUUCAUUUUCCUCUUCGCCGGUUUCUACUCCCCUGGCGAGGGACCUGUGCCAUUCACUUAUUCUGCCGAGGUCUUUCCUCUCUCUCAUCGUGAGGUUGGAAUGUCCUGGGCUGUGGCAACUUGCCUAGGAUGGGCUGCUGUUCUCUCGAUCACCUUUCCGCGCAUGUUGUGGGCUAUGACUCCCACCGGAGCCUUCGGAUUCUAUGCUGCCCUCAAUGUGACUGCGUUGAUUAUGAUCUUCCUUUGGGUCCCCGAGACCAAGCAGCGAACACUUGAAGAACUGGACUACAUUUUCGUGGUUCCAACUGGCGUUCAUAUGCGCUACCAGGUCUUCAAAGUUCUUCCCUGGUGCAUCAAGCGCUACAUCUUCCGACGAAACGUGCAAUUGGAGCCCCUGUACCAGCUUGAGGACGUGCGAGUGACAAACGUUGAUCAGGUGGCAGCUUAA